UACCACAAACCAAUGCAACUGGAUGUGGAGGUAUCCUGACGACUCCCUCUGGAGGUUCUGUGACAUCACCUAAUUUCCCCAGUAACUAUGGCAACAAUGAGAAGUGCGAGUGGUUGAUCACUGUACCAGAAGGAAACAUCCGUCUUACCUUCAACAGUUUCGACAUUGAGAUGGACUAUGACUUCCUAUUUAUCUACGAUGGAGCCAAUGAUGGCGCUGAAUUGAUACAAUGGUUAUCAGGUCAAUUGUGGCAGAUCAGCCCAGUCAUCAUCAGCACAUCUAACAAGAUGUUCCUGAGGUUUACAUCUGACUAUAUUGUCACCCGUCAGGGGUUCGAGUUCUCCUACAUGAUCCAUACGGCUGGACAAUGCUGGGAUCCUGAUGUGCCUGCCAACGGGACCAUACAUUUUGUAGGACACUUCGGCUGUAAACAUGAAUGUAUCCCAUCAUGGAAGCGUUGUGAUGGACACACGGACUGCACGGACGGCAGUGAUGAGAAGGAAUGUGUGUGCCUGCCUAUCCCUGGGGAUUUUAAACUCCGUAGAACACUCACAAUGCUACCGAAUCAGCUGGGCCAGACAACAUUUGAGGAGAUACGGAAUUCCUCUCACGUUCAGAGGCUCUACAGUCUGGAUAACAUUACAGGAAGUUACCACCCUGAGUUCAAAGAUUUCCUAUCAACCAUAAUUUUCCCGCAAUGCAAUGUCACCGAAGGAAACAGGACUCACUGCGUAAAUGAAGCCAAUACGACUGCAUGCAAUGGUACACAAUUGUUACCGUGCCGGUCGUGGUGUGAGGAAGUUCUCAGUAUGGCUGAUGACUGGAUAAAGAAACUGCUGCCGCCAUGUGACCUGUUUCCAUCAUCCGAUCAAAAUUGCUGGAAUCCCAGUUUACCAACAAAGGAAAACGAAGUUUGCUACCAUGGCAACGGAAUGAAUUACCGUGGUACAUGGAGUAAAACUGCAUCAGGGGCAGAUUGUGUCCAGUGGUCAGCUCCGCAAGCUGGUUACUACAAGACAGAGUUCCCCUGGGCAAACCUGGAUAACAACUACUGCCGUAACCCCACCGGUCUGGAGCGACCAUUUUGUUUGACCGAAGACGGUAGCCAGGAGGAAUGUGACAUUACAUUGUGGGACAGAGGUCCUCCAAACUACGGCAAUACAAGUCCCCGAAAGAAGUUCUACUAUGUAGGAGAAAAGGUCACGUACAAAUGCAACAAAGGAUACAAACUUACGUCAAAUGACAGCGAAGCGACGUGCAUCGAAGAAGGCGUCUGGCAACCAGGCAAGCCCAGUUGUUCAGUAAACCAUUGGGAAAUGCUACAAGAGGAUUUGGUGGGGAAUUCUCUGUCACCUGAGAGCAUCAUCAUCAAAUUCACGGGAUCUGUGGACAUUAUAGCCGACUUGGAUGAAAAGAAGGAGCAGCUUGUUGCAUCUGUCGCCAUCGAUUUCACAUGGAUAGACAACCGACUGAGAUGGAAUCAAGACGGCUACAAAAACAUCACGACAGUCAGCAUUCCAGGAGACAGAAUUUGGACGCCAACAUUUACCCUAAGAAGAAACGCGGAUCCGAGUUACAAAGGCCUACAGAAGGAUGUGCCGGUAGAAGUGAGCAGCGAUGGUACUGUGCACUGGGUUGUAGAAACCCUGACUACCACCGUGUGUGAGGCAGAUCCCUUCCUAUUUCCUUCAGACACCUUGGAAUGUCAUGUGUGCUUUUCUGCAGCCACGGCGAUCAAGGAAACCAUCAUCCAAUGCCAAGGAGGCAGGUCUGCAGCAUACAAAGGGAACAUUCCGUGCAACUCUUACUCUCCUACAAAAACGGAGGGCGAGUGGAACCGGAAGGAUAAGAUAUUUGCUAAAGACAACAGGGAAGCGUGCUUUGUUCUACACCUGUCGCGGGCCCCCCUGUUCCACAUCGCCACUACUGUAGGACCCUGCAUCAUCCUGGUUGUGCUGAUGAGCAUGACCUUUAUUAUACCCUUGGACAAGGGCGACCGGAUCUCGUUUGGAGUGACCAUUCUACUCUCCAUGGUCGUGUCCCUGGUGUUUGUGACAGACGUACUUCCUGUUAAGGGGUCAUUGCCGUUUUUCGCUACGCUGAUCAUCACAUGCAUGGGCCUGAUGGGAUUGUUCCUGUUCUUUACUCUGGUCAUCAUCGUCAUCCAUGACCGGGAGGGCAGCCUGUCUCCGGCGGCAAAGACAAUUUUCCUCCGCUACAUUGCAAGGAUGCUGCUGUUGGGUGAUCUGACAGCAAAUAAGCAAGCAAACGAUGAAGAGGUUGACGUGAUCAACCACGCCGCCAUAGAGCUGACCAACUGCGCCUAUGAAACCGAUAACGUGUCGGAGGCUGACGAAGAAGUCAUAUACUUCGGUGGCCAUGAGAGGAGCGAGCAGCCAUCGACCCCUACUGAGGAUGCUUUCGGAUCAUCUGGACUCUCAGAGCUAAACGCCAGCGUUAAAGAGUUGAUUACGGUGGUCAGGGAAGUUGGAGAUCUGACCAAUGCCGAGAUAAGAGAGCUGACCAAGGCCGUGAAGAACGAAGAGGAAGUGUCUGACUACAUUCUGCUGGCCAAAGUCCUGGACAGGCUGUGUCUUGUCCUGUACUUCAUCAGCAUCGCCGCAACCGUUCCUAUGACCAUGUAUUUGAGCAAGUAA